AUGAACGCGUACAAGAUGACGAAUUUGCUUUCGAAACUUGCAGAACGUCCUGUAGCGAUGGGGACAUGGCAGCACCGUCGCGGCUGGCUGCACAUAGUACCCCCCGUCGCCGGCACCGUUCUCCUGGCCACGCUAACACUCGCCACUCUGGCCGCGGUGGCCGCCGAAUCCGGGGGCCCUCCGACGGUGUUGACGUCGUCGGCUGGCAACACUAAAACAUCGUUCAACCAGCCGAAAGACAGGCAGUCCGUGAUUGCGCUGGCCUCGACCAGCCAGAAGCAGGCGGCGUCGUACCAUAGCAACCGUGGCACGGCCCAGCGGUCCCAGUGCGCCCUCUCUGAGCACACGUGCUCCAACGGGCGCUGCAUUCCGUGGGACAAGUAUUGCAAUAACGUAAAUGACUGCGGUGACGGCAGCGACGAACCGCGCUUCUGCACACGCUGCAACCGUACGUACUAUGGAGACAUCGGCCUGACGUACAACCUGGAGCUGCACCGACCAAAGGAGGACCGGAUACCGUACGUGUGCAUCCUGACGUUCACAGCCGCCGGAGGCAACUACGGUGACAUCGUGCAGGUGACGCUCGACAGCUUCACCCUCGGACGGUUCACGUCGUACACGGAGAACGGCUGCCCGGACGGAUAUCUGCAGGUGUCGGAGGCGAAGCGGGCCAACGUCGGCGGCAUGUGGUGCGGCACCACCUGGGGACCGGCGAUCUUCUACAGCGAAACCGACUCGCUCGUGAUGACGAUUAAGCUGUUCAAGCUGUCGCGUGACCAGAGCGGGUACAACUUCGACUUCCGGAUACAGUACAAAAUGCUGUCGCGGGCGAGCGCCGUCGUGCGGUACGGUGGCCUCCGGCACGAGUACAUCCCCCCGUGGACGAACGUCACGUACAUCCCGAACUACCCGCUGGUGGAGGACUUCACCAACUCGACCGCACACUCCGAGCACCAGACGUACCAGGAAGUGGCGGGCGCCGGGGCGGGCCAGCGCAACCGGAUGGUCUUCUCGGCGUUCGGCAGCAACCACGACCUGAUGCCGCUCUAUCCGGCGUCCUACGACAACGUAACGCGCGGUGGCCACCCGGGCGGUUCCUCCUACGGCUACGACGGUCGCCCCGGCCAGACGUUCAGCCAUCCUAACGCCUCCAUGAUGGACUGGACGACCGGGGUGGCGUCCCGUACGCAGCUCAAUUACACCGAACCGCAGUAUUAUUUAGGAGAUCUCAUGACGGGUACGUUCUGCUCGCGGAUCUUCACCAACUGCGACAAGAAGGUGUGCCGGCUGCAGUCACCCAACUUUCCUGGCAUCUACCCAAGGAACCUGACGUGCUACUUCGCCGUUAGACAGCACGACGUCCCACCAGGUAAGCAUGCGUUCAUCGUCAUCAGCCAACCGAAGGGCAAUUUGGUCUGGAUAUCGACCGAGGCAUCCGCAGGGGCCGCCCCGAACGCCGCGUCCCGCGACGAGAAGGAAAAGUACAAGCCCCGUCUGCAGACCUGGAACGAGUGCGACAGUGUGCAGGACAGCACGAAUCCGAAGUGGAAAUCAACGGACUACAUAACCGUGUACGACGGUUACACGACGCGCGAUCCGAUCAUUCUUAAAAUCUGCGGCGGUGGACAAGCGAUCCCGCAGGCCAUCUCCAGCGGACCGGAGCUGCUGGUCGAAUUCACCACCUCACCGUACGGCACCUUCAAUACGCCCCAGACGAGCGGGCACUCGCUGCAUGGCUUUCAACUCGAGGUUUCGGUACGCUUCGUGGACCUGCAAACGCCAACGUACGCCAAAAGCAAGCGUAUCUGCGAGUUCUGGUUGCGCGGCACUGGGCACGGUGUGUUGCAGAACCCCCUGCACUCGCUGGCCCCGAACACGACGUGCUUGUACCACCUCCAGGGUACCGAAGCGCGGGCACUGGACGCCAUCAACAUUCCCCGCCGAUCGGGGGCACUCUCCACCUCGCCGACGCGCUUCAAGGUGUGGAUAUCGGUGAUGAAGUUCGAGCUAGCGCCCGAGUUUGGCGCCACCGAAGAGCAAAUGCUCCAGUACCAGACGAAGGAGGACUGUAGCGGAAUGCUGCGGAUAUGGGACGGUCCGUUACGGGAGGUUCCGAUCUGCAAGGACAUCGAUUGCCUCACCACCGAGAAGGAUGGGACGCAACGAAGCAGCAUCCGGUUCGGGGCGAAUACGACCAACAUCAUCGCCCGGUAUUGCCGCGGAUCGGUGCCACGAUCGUGCGAUCACGGCAUCCUGAACGUGAGCAGCUCACGCCCCUGUACACUGUCGGAGAGCUUCGUCUCCAGCAGCGACUUUGUGACGCUCGAACUGAAGACAUCCGACUCGACCGUGCUCCGUCCGCUGCAGUUCGCCCUCCGGUACGAGUUCGUCGAUCUACUGCAGGACGGAACGGCCAUCGGGAGCGAACAUGAGUGCAACCGGCGGUUCGCAAGCAGCCAGAUGGAGCGCAAAGGACCCCACCAGGUCCGCAGCGUGCGGAACAUAUUCCUCUUCGGUCGCGGCGGUGCGAAACAUCUGCAUUGCGUGUACCGGUUCGAGGCGCAGCGCGGUGAACGGGUUCGCAUCGAAAUCAACCGUGCGAUGACGGGCAACCGGACGUGCGAUUCGCGCGUCGAUCCGGACACGGGACGAUCGUACUGCUUCGGUGACUUUACGGCACGGGUGGAGAUUUUCGAGCGCCCCUGGCACGAGUCGAUCCUGUUCCCGCGUGGCUGCAUCUGCAACUCGACCAACAGCUCGUACCUGCCGAUCGUGUUCACGUCGACCGGGCGUGAGGUGGAGGUGCACUUCAGCGCCGCCAACAUGACCAACGCGGACGAUCCGGACUCGCUUAGCUUCGAGGCGUCGUACGAGUUCGUCAAGGGGCCGAUGAUGUGCAAGGACGUGCGGAGAAAGAACGCCAUCACCGGUGUGGUGAAUUUGGCCUCUGGGGAUAUCGAAUGCCGCAAUCGACCAUGGCUGAUCGAGCCCUCGUACGAUCGCUAUCUGUACAUCCGGCUGAAAGGAUUGUUCCUGCGCAAAUUCAACUCGGCCGCACCGCUCGCCUACAACGGUUCGUUCAGCGCCGUCACGCCGAUCCGUUGCUUCACGAAAUCGCGAGUCAUCAUCACCAACGGCGAGGGUAUCUCGGUGACCGCCUGUCCGCUACCCGAGGAUACGAAGCACCGCCACGUGGUGGAGGUGUUCAGUGCCGGCUGGGGUCGCAAGGAUCCGUUCUUCGGUCCGGAAGCGUCCCGCGUCGUUUCGGUGGAGUUCCUCAACCCGGACCCGGAGGGGUCCCACUACGCGUUCAGCUGGCUCGAGCUAACGAAGCGACCCUCGGAAAGCUAUGCACUCGUUCAAGAAGAAUGUCCCUACCUGUGUCCGGAAUUGAACGCUUGCGUCAACGCAUCGAUCUGGUGCGACGGCAUCGAACAGUGUCCCUCGGGUGAGGACGAAGCGUUCACGCACUGUUCCGCCCUGCUGCGCCUUCCGGCGGAAAUUCUAGCCGGACUGAGCGUCCUCCUCCUGGUGCUGUGUUGUGGACUGUUCGGCUAUCUUUACAGAAAAAUCAAACGCAACUGCCGACGAACGAGCGUGCUCCAGACGCGCCUCAAAUCGCUCAGCUCGAUGGACACGGCCGUGUUCGAGGACAAGGAGGUGAUUUGCUGA